AUGUUCUCAACCUUUACGGGCAACUCGAGACGCCCUCGAAAUGUUAACCUUAGCGGUGCUGCCGGAAACCCCUUUGCCAACACAUCAUGGUCACCAUCGGCCGUUUCGAAUACCACAAAGACAGUUUCGAAUGCUCAGGCCGAGCGAGAGAAGCGACAAGCUGAGCGAACACGGUUAAAAGCUGCUGGCACGAUACAACGAUCAUGGAGGGGCUACAAGACAAGAUCAGAAUUAAAGGAAUCCCAGAGGAAUACUUUCGACGCUGUAUACAAGUCAGGAUCAAACCAAAGUCCUUCCGAAAGACUUCCUGAAGCGUUCACCCUUCUUCUGUCUUUCUUCGCUCUCCGAAGAGAUGACGACAUUCAAAGAGCUAUACGUUAUGCGCGUGAUACCGAAUCUGUGAAUCUCGAAGCAAUCGCCCCAUCAAAUGUUCAUCCAUCACGAGUAGGACAGCUUGUUCGACUUCUUUUGCAAGCACUGGACAAAUCCUUAUCAGUAGGGAACCUCUCAGGUGACACGAACCUUCUUUUCAAGCUCAUUGUUCGCAUCAUUACGAGCUCCCCCGACUUAAUUCUGCUCGCGACCGACAGUUAUUACAAGGUAGUUGCCAGGCUAUGUCAGGUUCAAGAGCUUGACGAGCAGUGGAGAGAUAUUGUGCUACAAGCCAUCUCCAGUCCACUCGAGGCUGUAUCACAAGAAGGUAUUUCGCAAGUCUAUCACGCAUACGCCUUUUCGUUCUUGACGAACAACAACAUGCGAUUCUUUGAGGAGAACAUAUCCGUUCUAUCCAAUACAGUGACCAUUGCUCAUCUGUCGAGAGCAAUAGUAGCAGGCUACUCCUCCACCUCAAGCGUCCUGGGGUCGCAAGACGCUCAGCUCUGGCAGCUUGCUCACUUUAUCGAUUUGAGCCACUUCAAUACAAACACCAAAACUGCUACUGGCGUCUUGGAAACACUUUACACUCAACUAGCUGCACUUUCUUCCACUAUUAGUGUCCGUCUAUCAACGAAGCAAGUCGAGGAUGACGAGAAUGACUCCGAAGAGCCUCUGGUGGCACCCCUCGAUCCCUACGUUACAACUAAACUACUGUCCCUGGUGGACAGCAAUGGCAUUUCACAAACGUUAAAUGAAUUUUCCACCAACUUGGCGGGGUCUUCGCAGCAGGAGUACCAGAGCACGAGCUUCUUAGCAGGCUACAUCUUGACCUUGCUUCGAUGUUUUCCUGCAAGUAGCGACGACAUUCGUAUGCGUCUCUUCCUCGAGGAAAUCCCCACACCUUCUGGCGAUAUCCCAACAAUCAAAUUUCUCUGGCACAUUAUGAGAAAAACAGCGGUAUUUCGCAAAUUGAGGACGGAAUCAGAGCCGCCACUCGAUGUGCUCCGUAGGUAUCUGGGUGCUACAACAGGAACCUCAAGAUCUUCGGAGGAAGAACAGGAUUGGCGAAUUGCCCUUCUGUUUCUUGAGCUUUACAUCUUCAUUCUUCGUUUGAGCGACGAUGACGACUUUUUCAGUGGUAUAUACCCCCAAAUUCUGCAACAAAACGCAUCAACAUCCCGUAUUCGAGCUUGCAGUCUCUCACUAGAAGAUGUCAAAAUGUUGACAAGCUUUCUUAAGAACACGGCUUUCACUCUUCAUUACAAAGCACAGGAGCUAUCAAGGUCGCGUGAUGAUCUGGAAGCGGCUUCCAAAUAUCGCAUGGACUCUUAUUUUGGCUCCGGGGGAUCUUCAGCAACGACUCGAGAGUCAGAAACAUCUUCAGUAAACAAGAGCCCGACGAGAUUGGAUCUUGACAGUUUACGGAAUAUUGUUACAGCAGCCAUGAAAAUGCUGUAUGAAAGAGAUUCAAGAAAGCAAUUCCUGCCUACAGACCACUGGCUCAUGACCUCAAAGUUGGACCAGGGAGAUUUUAUCAAUGCCGUUAUUGCGGAAGAAAAGCGACAGAUUGAGGAGAAUUCAGACGAUAGCGACGACGACAUGGAAGAAUAUGGCAACGUACCAGGAUUCUACUCAACUAUUGCUGGUCAGCGAUUGUCACGACAUGCAAGACUAGAACGUUUGAAGGCCCAGCAGAUGCGAACUCAGAGGGAACGUCGCCUGGCAGAGAUGGGUCCCAAGCUGGAAAUAUUGAAACAUAUGCCAUUUGCUGUUCCUUUCGAGACUCGGGUCAUGAUAUUUCGCCAAUUUAUCCAGCUGGAUAAGCACCAAAGGGAGGGUAGCAACCAACCUCAAUUCAUGAGUCCGUUUGCAAGGCAUCAUGCAGAAAUUUCACGCGAGCGACUGUUUGAUGAUGCGUACGAUCAGUUCUACGAAAUUGGUGAAGGCCUGAAGGACCCUAUUCAGAUCACAUUUGUCGAUCAGUUUGGCACUGCUGAGGCUGGUAUCGACGGAGGCGGUGUCACGAAGGAGUUUCUCAUCAGUGUCACUUCAGAAGCAUUCAGUGGUCAACAUGGUAAGGGCAUGUUCACAUCGAAUGAAAAGGGACUCUUAUUCCCGGACCCAACAUCUCUUGAUGUUCUUCGCGAUACACUGCGUAUGGAUGGGCUUUCGGGAACUGAUGAUGAAUAUCGAGAAACCGUCACGAACGUACUCCGGCGUUUCGAAUUCCUUGGCAGGAUCGUGGGCAAAUGCAUGUACGAGGGCAUCCUCGUCGACCUCGCCUUUGCUGGAUUCUUCCUCCUGAAAUGGGCAUCUACGGGGCCGAACGAUGAGAACAACUAUAAAGGCAGUGUGAACGAUCUUCGCGACAUGGACGAAGAGCUAUACAAUGGCAUGCUACGACUAAAGAAUUACCCAGGAGAUAUCUCUGAACUGGGAAUCGACUUCACCAUCGAGGAUCAAGUCUCAAAGCCUGGUGACCCAGUCAAGACUAUCACCAAGAAAUUAAUAGCCAAUGGCGACCAAGUCUACGUCACGAACGACAAUCGACUACUGUACAUCUCGUAUGUUGCUCGCCAUCGCUUGGUGGUCCAACCCGCUCCGCAAACUUUGGCCUUCCUACGCGGUCUACGUUCCAUUAUUCGCCCAACGUGGCUGUCCAUGUUCAAUCAGUCGGAGCUGCAGCGUCUCGUAGGUGGUGACUCAUCCGAGAUUGAUAUUGAUGAUCUCCGUCGAAACACCAUCUACAGCGGCCUAUACGAGAUUGGCGACGAUGGCCUGGAGCAUCAGACUAUCCGGCUGUUCUGGAAGGUCAUGCGUGGCUUUACAGAUGCUCAACGCCGGGAUGUACUCAAGUAUGUCAGCUCGACGCCGCGAGCCCCUUUAUUAGGUUUCGCACAGUUGAGGCCAAAAUUCAGCAUUCGUGACGGAGGAACAGACGAGGAGAGACUACCGAGCACGAGUACGUGUGUCAACUUGCUCAAGUUACCGAGAUAUACUACAGAAGCGACGCUCCGCAAGAAGUUGCUCUACGCUGUGCAGUCAGGAGCAGGUUUUGAUUUGAGUUAA